UGUGUAACGUUAGUAUGGGUAAAGAUAGCUAGCAUCAUCACAGGCAAGGAGUUAUGCUGCGUUCACGUGCUCCACUGAAACUCCUUCGUAGUACUUUGACUUCUCAGUUCGGUGAACGGUUAUCAUCCGUAUUGUCACUCUUCCCUCUUGGAAGCACUAACGUUAGUCUCAGCACAACAACCAGAAUGGCUCCUCAAAAGAACAGAGUAUUCGUCAUUGGAGUGGGAAUGACAAAGUUUGAGAAGCCAGGAAAAGAAGACUUUGACUAUCCCGACAUGGCAAAGAUAGCAGGUGAGAGGGCCUUGUCUGAUGCUGGAGUCCCCUACUCUGCCAUACAGCAAGCCUGUGUGGGCUAUGUGUAUGGUGACUCUACCUGUGGCCAGAGGGCCAUCUACCACAGCCUUGGUCUGUCAGGGAUCCCCAUCAUCAACGUCAACAACAACUGCUCCACAGGCUCCACUGCCCUGUUCAUGGCCCGACAGCUAAUCCAGGGAGGUCUGGCUGACUGUACACUAGCCCUUGGCUUUGAAAAGAUGGAGAGAGGCUCCUUGUCAUCAAAGUUCAUGGACAGGACAAACCCCAUGGACAAGCAUAUGGAGGUGAUGUUCAACACAUAUGGGAUGGCAGCAGCACCGGCAGCACCACAGAUGUUUGGCAACGCCGGCAGAGAACACAUGGAGAAAUACGGUACUACACCAGAGCACUUUGCUAAAAUCGCAUGGAAGAACCACAAGCAUUCCACCAACAACCCGUACUCUCAGUUCCAGGAUGAGUACAGUCUGGACCAGGUCAAACAGUCCAGGAAGGUGUUUGAGUUCCUUACUCUUCUCCAGUGUUGUCCUACCUCUGACGGUGCAGGGGCAGCUGUCCUGGCCAGUGAGGACUUUGUGAGGCGCCAUGGUCUAGAGCACCAGGCGGUGGAGAUCUUAGCCCAGGAGAUGGUCACGGACCUCGCCACUACCUUCGACGACAAUAGCUGCAUGAAGAUGGUUGGAUACGACAUGACCUCCCUGGCAGCCAAGAAGUGUUUUCAGACAGCGGGUCUGAAACCCAGUGACGUCAAUGUGAUCGAGCUGCAUGACUGUUUCUCUGCCAACGAGCUGAUCACGUACGAGGCUCUGGGGCUGUGCCCAGAGGGUAAGGCUGGAGAGCUGAUAGACAGAGGAGACAACACGUACGGAGGCCAGUGGGUGGUCAACCCCAGCGGAGGACUCAUCUCUAAAGGACACCCUCUGGGAGCCACAGGUCUGGCCCAGUGUGCGGAGCUGUGCUGGCAGCUGAGAGGCCAGGCUGAGAGGAGGCAGGUCCCGGGGGCGAAGGUGGCCCUACAGCACAACAUCGGCCUAGGAGGAGCUGUGGUCGUCACUCUCUACAGGAUGGGGUUCCCUCAGGACGCCAGGUCCCAGAUAGCGGCUGUCCCCACCAGAGCAGAACGUCUGGAGGGCUUCAGAGUCUAUUCUGUCUUCCAGGAGAUAGAGAAGAAACUACACGAGGAAGGAGUAGACGUUGUGAAGAAGAUUGGAGGAGUUUUUGCCUUCAAGGUGACAGAUGGACCAGAGGGGAAAGACGCUCUGUGGGUCGUAGACGCCAAGAAUGGACAAGGCUCCGUGAGCAACGACGCUGAUAAGAAGGCUGACUGCACUAUCACCAUGGGAGAUGAAGACUUAAUGAAGCUGAUGACAGGCAAGAUGAAUCCACAGACGGCAUUCUUCCAGGGCAAGCUGAAGAUCGCAGGAAACAUGGGCAUGGCCAUGAAGCUUCAGAGUCUGCAGCUGGCGCCAGCCAAAGCCAAGCUGUGAUUGGCUGAUAGACCCUCAGCUCUGGAACUCCUGCCAUAUGUAGCAGUUAUGCACAUUCUCUCACCCCUCACCCCUCCUCUCACCCCUAUCUCACCCCUCCUUUCACCUCUCUAACCUCUCUCACUCCCCUCACCUCUCGCUCACCUGUCUCUCCCCCCUCCUCUCACCUCAUCUCUGACCUCUCCUCAUCUCUGACCUCUCCUCAUCUCUGACCUCUCCUCAUCUCUGACCUCUCCUCAUCUCUGACCUCUCCUCGUCUCUGACCUCUCCUCGUCUCUGACCUCUCCUCGUCUCUGACCUCUCCUCGUCUCUGACCUCUCCUCGUCUCUGACCUCUCCUCGUCUCUCGCCUCUCCUCGUCUCUCGCCUCUCCUCGUCUCUCGCCUCUCCUCGUCUCUCGCCUCUCCUCCUCUCUCGCCUCUCCUCGUCUCUCGCCUCUCCUCGUCUCUCGCCUCUCCUCGUCUCUCGCCUCUCCUCCUCUCUCACCUCUCCUCCUCUCUCACCUCUCCUCGUCUCUCACCUCUCCUCGUCUCUCACCUCUCCUCGUCUCUGACCUCUCCUCCUCUCUCACCUCUCCUCGUCUCUCACCUCUCCUCGUCUCUCACCUCUCCUCAUCUCUCACCUCUCCUCGUCUCUCUAUAAUCUCAUUCCAUCUCUCCUCCACACCCCUUCACAUUCACUCUUAAUUUAGCCUCUCUCUUUCUCUAUUGAUUCCUCUCUCUGUCUUUCUUUGAAAUAGAUUCUAUACUAGAUAAUUAGUUGAGAAAUCAACCCCAAUGUCCCAAGAUUCUAACUUCCUCAAGUGUCCUGUAACAUAAUUGAUGAGAUAAUAUUUAUAUUUAAUUCACAUUUUCCUCAUGAUUUAUGGGUUCCUCAUGUUUCAACCAACCAAUGUGAAGACACAUACACACAUAGAACUGGAAAAUGUCUUAAAUGUUAUGUCACAAUAUUCUGCUCUGAGCUGCUGUGACAAACAGGAGGAAGAGAGAUUGUGACAGUUGUGAAAAGCAAUUGAAGUUUUUUUGGACUCUUGACGGCCAUUUUACAAACAGCUUAUGAGGCUGUUGCUGUGUCAAGAAAAGCAAAAGAUCAUCUUUAAGACCCAACUAAUCUGGUUUGAUCUCCGGCACUGCUGUUCAGUCAUUUAAUACCACAGUGACCAGGUGUUUGUGUCCCAUAUGCCAUGCGUUUGCUGCGAGAGCAUGGCAGUGACUCUUCGCCUGCUCUCCCGCCACAUAAUAAUAACACUGUCAUUGAGGUAAAUGUAUACAAUAUUUUAUGUUUGUGUAGUAAAUAAUGUUUAAUAAUAAUGUAACAUGGUGGACUAUUUUAUAAUAAUACAGAACACCACUUUAUGUGCCUCUGGUGUCUCUAUGAACUAACAGCUCUGAUUUCAAUAUGACAGUCCGAUAGGACCUGAUUUGAGGAAAUGCUUUUAUAUAGAAUGUGUAUGUGUGAAUGACUGAAUGAAUGCAAUUGAUUUUUACAAAAUAAAUAACAGCUAUGUUGACCAGCA